ACAACAAUAGAAGAAAGAUCUGAGGAUGUUGCAUCCUUAAUACACUGAGUAACAGCAGACAGGCUGACAAAGUGACAGAAAUGACAGAGAUGAACACAUCUGAAGGAUUGAGAGGACAAUUGACACAACGGAAGUGAUAUUGUAACUGAAAUGCUGAACCUGCUCCAGACAGAAAAGCGACUGACUUACGUGGAUGUUCAGAGAUGAUACGAGAUUAGAAAGGUCAAUGAGAGUUGACGCAUCCCUACUUGGAAAUAAUGCUGCUUCACCUGGUUGGACACUGACGGGCAUGAGGACAGCUUCACCAGACACAGAUUUGACUUGUCCCAGAGUUAGUCUACUGAGUUCACUGGUUAGUUUCUCCUUUUUCUAGAGUUUCUGCACCAACUCCAGAUCAUCUUCAUCACCCUCACCAUCAUCACCUGCGUGCUUUAUCAUCAUCAUCAUCACUACUAUGAUGGACUUCAACAGCACUGAGUCCUGGCUUUUAAUCAAUACUUCAUUUCCCAUCCUGCCUGUAAUAGGCAGUCCAAGUAACAGAAGUGGGAUUGAAGCAUAUCUUCAAAGACUGGCUCAUUUAGACGAGGGGCUCUACAAUGACUUCUACGGUCUUUGGAUUGCACUGAUGGUCAUAAACUCUCUCAUAUUCUUGGUGGGCAUGGUGCUCAACACAGUUGCACUUUAUGUUUUCUGUUUCCGCACCAAGCAAAAGACCACCUCGGUGAUCUAUACUAUCAACUUGGCGGUGACAGACCUCUUGGUGAAUCUCUCUCUGCCAACUCGUAUCUUGCUCUAUUACAGUGGAGGAGCUUGUCUCACCUGCUCCUACCUGCACAUCUUCAGCUACUUUGUCAACAUGUACUGCAGCAUCUUGUUUCUGACCUGCAUAUGUGUCGACCGAUACCUCGCCAUCGUGCAGGUUGAAGCUUCCCGUCGUUGGAGGAACUCCAACGUGGCCAAAUGUGUGUGUGUCUCCGUCUGGCUGUGUGCCAUCGUGGUCACCUACUCCUUCCUUUCUACUGCUUUCCAACACCCAGGCUGCUGCCUCUCAAAGCUCCUCUUUCUUACCAUUACUGAGUUCUUUCUACCCCUCAUCAUCAUUAUGGUCUUCACUUUGCGGAUUAUGUGGGCACUCGCCGACCGCCGCCUGAUGCAGCAGAGCAGGGAGAGGAGAAGGAGGGCUGUCCAGCUCCUGACCACGGUGCUGAUCAUUUUCACUGUCUGCUUCACACCCUUCCACAUCAGACAGGUGGUGGUGUACUUCCACCCGGACAUGCCUCAUCAUGUGAUAGCAUACCACUUGACUGUCACUCUCAGCAGUUUGAAUAGUUGCAUGGAUCCUGUCGUCUACUGCUUUGUUACAAAUAACUUCCAGGCCACCAUGAGAAAUAUGUUUCGCCGCGCUGAGCCCGAGCAGACAAGUGGCGACAUCAUCAGCAUGCAGCACAGCUCCAAGGCCUCAGGGCGGACAGUGAACGCCAUCACUGGUAAUAUGAUUAUGAUGACCAAGAUCCCCACUUCAUUGCAAAGAGACAAUCUGGGGAAGAACCACUCAAUGUAAAUCCCCUUUCCCAUGGGAUAAAGAGAAACUUUGAGUUACUCAGAUGGAACAUCGCUGGGGGAAAGGUGUCUGAUAUUUCUGGACUCUUUAACAUGCUGAUCAGUGAGAACAGCAUCAGUGUACAAUGGCACUGCUCAGGAUCAACAGCCAAUACUGUUGUUAUUAAUAACAAUAAUAAUAAUAAUACAAAUAAUAGUAAAAAUAAUAACAAUAAUAACAAUAAGGACCAACCAAUUUAGCUGAUUUAGCAACCUAAAAACUUGUAUAAACUACUUAAAUGAAUUUAUUGACAAGAGACAAAUGUAGUCUGCAACUAAACAUUAUUAUCAUGCAAAAAACCUUUCCAGAACUUUGGACUUUGAACCUGUGACUUUUUUCAACUCCCUCUCUGCUAGACCAUGUUGCUGCCAAAUUCAAACAACACAAGAGAACACGACGCUGACUAAACAUGAAUUAUUACUCGCAUCAUACAACUGACAAAAUACCAAGUCUUAUUUAAAAAACAAACAUAUUUGACGUAAUCUACAUCGUCCACAUUUUAAUUGUGUAUGUUUUACCUUAAAAGUUACAUUGCCCUUAGACAAUUCAUUUUUUUAAACUGAAAAAGUUCCCAUUUUUGGUAACAGAGAUAGUCUUAACUGUUGCUAAACAAAUCCUCAGGCUGAGAGGACUGCAAAAGGACAUCUGUAAUAAAGAAAUUUUAGAACUGGACAGGAAAUAAGUGCUGGUAUUACAAAAGAAGAUACUGAUGACCACCCUGGUACCUCCCUGGGACCAUUACACCCUUUUCUUUAACGUGUGAAACAUACACUUUCAAACAAACUUGGAUUAACUCCUUACUGUUCUGUUUGGUUAAUUGUGAACAGGAUGGAAAUUUACCAAUACUUUCCACAUGUAUCUGAUAACAUGGAAGGAUAGUGAUAUGUGUUUUGCUCAUUACAUGGCCAUCACUUCAGAAGAUCCACUGGAAGAAAAUAUUUGGGCAUGUGAACCCCUUUUUGUGCAGCAGAGGGCAACAUUGCAAUACCUUUCAAAGACCAUUACAGUAAGAGACCAAAAUAAAUGUUAUGGAAACUGCUUGGAUGACUGAAAGCAGACACAAUGUGAAUGCUUGGGCUGUAGUCUAAACACUAUUGUUUUUAUUAUUGUUUAAUGUCAUGUAGGCUACUGCUAAGUAAACAAUUUGUUCAACCCUCUAUGAACCUCUCUAUGCAGGAACAAAUAAAAUAUUGUGUAAAUUGAAGAAAUUGUAGGGGAAAUAAAGGUGUGUUCAAGUGAGUCAAA